GCUGGGAAAAGAAGACCAGCGCCGUGCUAUUUCCCCCUAUUUCUCCGUUCCCUAACCCACACGGCCACACCCCACCUCUCCUCCCCGCCGCGAGCUCAGAUGCAAAUCCUUCACUCGGUUCGUCGUCUACUCCGACGACCCGGCGUCGCCACCUCUCCUGUCCCAAUGCACCGUCUCUCCUCUACCUCGCGACCUCUCCUCUCUUUCGUGGCCUCUGCUUGGCCUCACUCUGCGCUUGCACGCCGAGAUUUCCCACUCACGGUGGCUCCAAAUCCGGCUCUCCAUCUUAUUUCUGGAUUUUCUCAUGGAUCUCGGUGUAUGGCCAGUGCCAGUGGAGCGAAAGGUUAUAAGUCUGGUAAACCAGGUAGGCGAUCGCUUAUCUCAUCUAUCAACAAUCACUCUGCCAUCAGCCAAGGCAUGAAAAAGGUAGAGGCAAGGGGCACAUCAUUGGAGGUUAGAAGGAGGCCAACCAAGGAGCGCAAGUGGGCAGUGGUACUCAGUAAUGAUGAAGAAGAUGUCAGCCCUGUGGAAAUUCUUCCAAAAAGCACACACCGUGAUGGUUCUCUGUAUAACACGAGCACUCAUGUAUGGAAAAGAAACUAUCGGGUUGCGGACCGUAGUGAGACUCGGGUGGAGCCUAUGAUGUUAUCAAAUCCCACAAAUUGCACCAUCCGUAAUGGAAGAUGCACUCAGCAUGUUCCGCGUCACAUGUUGCAGUGUUUUUCAAUAAAGUUGGCUAAACUUUUUGUGGAUAGUGGCCCAGUGGAGUUGUAUGGAUACAUAGCAGUGCGGGAUGGUCUGGAUCCAUUGCUUAAUUAUGUUGUCAAUUUAAGCAGGGAUGAUCCCAUCAUCGUGGAGCAGGGUUCCCUCAUCAAGAUGUCUGGCCCUAAGAGAGGGAUAGAUAUGUAUAACGUUAUUCUAAUCGAAUAUGACAUGAGGAUCAAGACAGGCGAAAAAGAAGAUGAUGAUCUACAGCUGAUCGAUGGUAUAUCGAUCAUAGAGGACAUGGGUGGAAUAUGGAAUUGUGCAUUCACGACACGCAUCGCUGGCGAUCAUGGUGAAAUUGACUUUACUUCAUCACGUGUUCGUCGUGCAGUUGAGGCAACCGUAGAAGUUACCAUAUCACAAGUGCAAAGCAGCUUCGAUCUGUGUCUCCGUUGUUUCAUCGGUGGCUUUGAUGAAGAAAUCCGGCUCUUUGAUGGUGCCAUUGGUGAGUCGCGUGGCUUAAAGAGGUCUGUCAUUGCUCUAGGGGAGGGUUCCACUAUGGAUUUGAAGUUCAGGAUAGGCGCGGAGUCAUCUGCUGGUUCUGCUGAACAUGGUUGUUCCUUCAAGGCGGACACACAUGGGCAUGCUACUCGAGACAUAAAGACUGGUUUCGGGUUGAUCUCAGUGAAGGUAACUUGGUCGACUUUGAUUCACGGGUUCUAGGUCCAUUCCGGUGCAUCCCAACCAUCAAAAAGUCGUGACUGUGAGGAGGUGCCCCAGGAUUUAAGUUGUGUCAAAAAGCCUUGAGUUGUGAACUAGUGGCAGUUCACUGCUAGUAUUCCUUCUCUGUCAAUCUACAGUGUCCCAGUCUCCCAGGAGUAGUCAGCGUGGGGGUUUGUACAUACCUGAUUUCUCUUUUUAAAUGCAACAGAUUUCUCUUUUUCAAUGCAAAGGCAGCUUAAAACC